GGGUUGUGAGACGAGUUGCAUAACUCAGUUGACACAGUGGACUUUGGAAUCCAGGUUCUUGUUUUCAGGGUUGUACGUGGUCUGAGCGAAGCAGUGAGCUGCCACCCGAUCACACUCGCACACAGCAGCCUGGCACUUAUUGUUGGUCGCUGAGGAGAAAAGGUUAUAACAAAACCUCAAGCAUGUUUCACAAAUAGUCGGGUUUGGUGACACCAGCAUGACGGUGCUCCACAGGAGAGCAUUUGUCUGCCGUGGACUUGUCUCAAGCUGGUUUGUGUAAUACCGAUAUAUUUGUUUGAAUAGAGUUGCUAAAUAUACAGCACCACACACAGCUCCAACUAUCAAUAGUAUUGCACCUCAUCUGUUUACAGUAAAUGGCAAGAGUCCGUGAUCAGCACUUUACACUGGGAGGAAAAUACUGGUUGUGUCAUGUCAUAUGGGUAUAUCUGUUUUAAAUGUAAAUAUUGUACCUAUUCUUUGUAUAAUUUUGACCAUCGCCAUCCAAGAACUUUUUAAAUGUCAUUUCAUUUCAACAUUUCAUUAAGGAAGAGCUAGUAGUAUUACAGUAUGAAUGUGAAGUGUAAAUGACGGUACCUGAGCAGGUCACUCGUUGGUUUGAGCAGGUGAAAUCAUAAACCAGAACGUAGGGCAGGUCGGCGAUGGCCGUGCACCCAGGCACCCUCCUGCUCGUUGCGUAGCAAUUGUCGUGAACCUUACAGCACCUAUGGAUACAGGAGGAAAGGGGCGAGUAUUUGAAAAGUGUCUUUUUGUUUUAAAGAUGAAGACUGAAGAGAUAAAUAUUGACGAAUGUCUGUUCCCUACAUGUCUACUUCAUCCCGAGGGGUGCCUUUGCCGCUGAAGCCGCACCAGCAGCCGUAAUCAUUGUAGGCCAGGGGGUUAACACCGGGCUGGGCGCACUGGAUCAGGUUCGCAAACUGCCAUAAGGCCUUGGGCACCACAGCACCGCUGGCUAUACAAGCUGGUGGAGACACAAUAGAUCAGGAGAAAAUAAGUACAAGAUACAUAUAUGAUAGACAGAGCUAUGAGAAAAGUUAUUCACAAAGAAUCAGCUGUAUCUGUAAAGGGCUGAUAUAGUUCAUUUUCAGUCUUACCAGUGAGAAGCAGCAGCAGCAGAGGAGCCGUCAGAUUCAUGGCUGCAGGAAAAAAUAACCUCACACUGUGCUGCAGCCUGUCCUUAUAGGACGGGAGGUGUGAGAAAACCAGAGAUAAGAGGGAAACAAGCAUGUGGCGGCUGUCAGCUGGAACGUGUAAUCAGCCUGUGAGACCUGUGCAUUUAGUUCAGCUAGUAUCAGUGGUGGAAUCUAAUCAUAUUCACUCAAUUACUGUUAUUACUUCAGCAGAAAUUCAGGGAGUUGUUUUUCAUGUCACUUGAAUUCAAAAGCAAAUUUUUUACCUUUCAUUUAGCAGCAUUUCUCCAACAGAUUAAGUUACUAUUUACUUUACAGAUAAGGAUUUUACAUACAAAACAUAUGCCUUGAAAAUAUGAUGCACCGUUCUGAGAUUGCUCUACUCUUCAUCCUGGUCAUAUUCAGUCUGUUACAACAGUGUAGAAUAAGACAUUUUGAGUUCAUCCACAGGAAACAUGACACAGCUGGUCUCUUUCACUUUGGGUUCCUCCCUCAAACCUUCAUUUAUUCUCCUCUCAUUUGUUUGUCAGAAAAAAGACUAAUGCAAUAUUUUCAAAUCAAAUAUUCACCUCUACAUGUAUUCCUGCUCACUCUGGACUCACUUGAUUUAGCAUUUUCCCUUUAGACAGAAGUUAAUUUAAAAAAAAAGAAACAGUCCAACAUACAGCUGUGUAAAUAGCCAGCACUUGUUCAAGUUCCCAUGACCUCUCCUGCUCGAGCUUGAUGCUCACGUCAACACAAAAGGAAACUGUGCAUAGUACAACAUGACAAAGUCAGAUAUGUAUAUAAGCAGAAUUUGUGUUUAUAUGCAAAAAAAAAGUUCAUACUGUAUGUGAAUAUUUGUAAGUACUCACUAAACAUGUGUACACAUGACAAAAUGGAAAAGGAUGGAAGAAUCCUUGAGUCUCCUCUUGAUGUCAACAGUCAGUAUUUAGUUUUAAGCUUCAGAGCCGAAAUCAUAUCCUGUAAGAUGUCCCUGACUGGCUCCCUGACUGGCUCCCUGCUCGUCCAGUUCCUCAGCCUCCUGGCUGUGAGUACUCAGAAGCCUUUGUAUUCUCCACUCUUAUUCUUCGGAUUUUUGUGUGCAAGUCUGACUGAUCAGCGUCCCGGGUGCAUUUUGGUUUCAUGUGACGCUGAUGUUGUGUCUACCGAGUGUCCGAGCUCUGUUGCAGUUCAGGGCGAUGAUCCUCUGCGCUGCUCCUGGAAGCCAACCGGUGCUGGACCACACUAAAUAUGGCUGUGACUGUGGGCAAGGAGGCUCCGGCACAGCUGUGGAUGAGCCUGACAGAUGCUGUCAGGUCUACGACCAUUGCUACACUGAUGCCAUGCAACACGGAGCUUGCCAGCAUAUCGUGGACAACCCUUACACUGAAACAUACAGCUACAUCUGUGACGAGGCCUGCAAGACUGUCACCUGUCCGGUGGGAGUCUUCAACAACAAUUUUGUCUUAAACAUGGCAACUUUUAUCUACUAUCUAAUGAGGUUUCUUUUAUUAUUUUCUAACUGGGCCUUUGGAAGACAAGGAACAAAUUGUCCGUUGUUAUAGUGUAUGUAGCAAAUUCUUAUAUCUCUGUCGGCCUCUCAGCUGAUGACAGACGACAACAGUCCCUGUAAGAAGUUCAUCUGUGAGUGUAAGAGGAAAGCAGCCAUGUUCUUUGCCAGCACAGAUUAUAAUGAAGGACACUCUCACCUUCUAAGUGACCGCUGCAAGUCGGCUAAGUGAUGCACAGUGAGGAGAAACUCUCCGCCAGCACUCAGGAUUGUGAAAAUACUCUACUCAAGCUAUAUCCAUGAAAUUUUGUGGAGAUGUGAGGCUUGACUUAAGAAAUAAUUAAUUUAGUUUCCAAAUGAGGCCUUGGUGGAGGUAUGCAUUCUCUGAGUACCCUUCUAAUGUGU